CUUACUCAUGUUGCGCGAUAUCAGAAAAUGAAAGCUGUAAGGCAUUUAAAAGCUUCUAGUGUUUUGCUUGUCCCAUUGUGUUGCUUAUAUUUUGAACUACUUUAGCAUAAGCUGAAGUCUUAGUUUGGUUAUCAUCGUCCUAAUAACCUUCAGUACCAUGUCAAUGUCCAUUUUGGAAGAUAGUUAACCCGACCUAUUUAACUAAAAAUGGGAUACCGUACGAUUGGAAAGACAUUAUAUUUUUCAAUAAAUUUAUGCCUGGUGUUAUUACUGCUGUGGAGUGGUGUUCACUGGUACACAGAUUCAGAAUCCAAUAGAUGUAUACUCACUCGGAUGAUGAGUUUUCCCGAAUACAAAGAAGUCAAUGUUGAUUGCCAACGGAAAUGCUACGUAGGCUAUGCCCUGUAUCAAUAUCGGGAAGGUUCUAGAUUCCGGUAUUUCACAAAAUUUUACAAUGCUUAUUUUAGAUCCGGACUCUACAAUUCGCCAGUUUUGUUUAUUACAGGUUCUCAAGGAAGUUUCAAGACAGUCAGAUCAUUAGCAACAACUGUCUAUAAUUUUGCACAAUAUAGUUCAUCACUUGAUUACUACAGUGUUGAUUUCAAUGAAGAACCGUCUGCUCUCAGUGGUGAAAUUAUUGAACGUCAAACUGAUUUUGUGGAUAAAGCGAUCGAUACUAUUUUAGGAACAUAUGCUAACCGACCUAAUCCUCCUGAACAUAUCGUGUUAAUAGGUCAUUCUGUUGGUUCUGUAGUAAUUUUCAACUUGUUAUCAUCACGUUGGAGUAUAACUCAAACUAAAGUUAAAUUAGUUUUAUCUUUGGCUGGUCCAAUUUAUCAACCAGUUAUUUUGCCAGACCGUUCAAUGGCGCAAAUUUAUCAACGUAUACACAAUUAUUUGGAUGAGAUUUCAAAUAUUCCCAAUUAUCCUUUAGUAAUUAUAUCAAUUACAGGUGGUUCUCGAGAUCGAAUUGUUCCUGAUUUACUUGGAAAUAUUGAUCAAGCUUAUCCUGUUUUAAAUUCACUCAGUUUAUCCACAUCUGCAAUUCAGCAUGUUUGGGCGUCUUGUGAUCAUCGAUGUAUUCUUUGGUGUUUACAAUUGAUGUUGGUAUUGAACAAAGGUUUACUUGUACACAAUUCACUUUCUUCAGAUCCUAUCAGUCGUUUGAAUGUAUUUCGUAAUCUACUUAUUACAAGACCUUUGUUAUCUUAUACUAUUCAUUAUGAUCAUGAUAAUUAUCAAGAAUCCAACUUCAAAUUGUCACAAACAAUUUCAUCAGAUAUGUUUUGGAUUGAUAAAACAAAUCAACUGAAUUCUAUCAUGAAUUUUUAUGUGCCCUAUAAUGGUCUACUAGUUAAAUUUGGUCCAUUUUUCUUCAAUCCAGGACAACAUAUUUUGAUCUUGGUCACUAAUGCACCAGACGACUGGCUUCAUUUAUGCAUUGAAGUAAAUCAUACAAGUAAUAAACAUUGUGAUUAUUUUGUUCCGAUCCCGUCAUCAUUUGUCACUUGGUUACCGGAUCCAUUAACUGGAAGAUCGAUUGCAGCUGGUUUAAUUACAUUACCAAUGUUACAAAAAUUAAAUGUGUUUCACAGCUUAUCACUACCACUUACAAAUCAAGAUAGUAUUGAUGAGUUUAAAGUUGUAUUUAGUAAUCUCAAGUGGUAUAAAUUCAUUUUGGGAUAAUGUGA